AUGAGUAGCUUGUCCCAACAGCUUCAGGCGAUCAGCGAAAAGAAUGCGUCUGUGGCUUUGGACAGAAAGUCCAGAUCCAAGAUUCAUGCGCGGUCGCUCAUGUUCGAUCCAAAAGUCGCUGCUGCCCAAGAUAUGGACUUCAUCUACGAAAUCGCAUUGGAGGGUUUAGACGAAUUGGUGGUGAUAGACGCUCGUUUUGAAAAAUUUCGUGCUUCUUUAUUUGCCGAAGCCUCAUUGACGUAUGAUCGUAAUGUUUCCACGAAGGAUAUCGUUGAUCAGGUCGACAAAAACAUCCUUGCAUUCAUCAACUUGACGUCACCACACCUCAAUUUGAGCCCUUCUCUCAAGGCCUUAGAAUGGUUGGUGCGUAGAUAUCAUGUCAACAUUCACAAUCCAGAGUUGUUGCUUCUUGCAGCUUUGCCUUACCACAAUAGAGCCGUUUUCACUCGUUUCAUGAGUGUCAUUCCAAAGACCUCGUGGCCCGCCAUUUUCUCUCCUAUAUUGGCAUACAAAGAUACGUUGGCUUGUCCCCCUGCGUCUUCUAUUUUGAAGUGCUUUCACAAUGAUGCGGCUUUCUUCCGUUUGUACUCGGAGCAUAUUUGCAAUGGCUUGCGCCAGCAGACCGUAUACAAAGAACAGUUGGUUUUCUAUUUAUCUAAUGCCGCCCAAGUUCUUGCUUCGUUCGCUCGCGACCAGAAAAAAUUAAACGACGAAUACAUUCCAAUUGUUUUGGAAGCUGCUGUGGAGUUUUUCAAGGAUCGCUCAUUCCGCUCUUCCACCCAUUUGGCUGCUGAUGUGCGUCUUACCAUCUACGGUAUCAUUUCUAUUUUGUGCUCAAUUACAACGCUAUCCGAUGAUCUUGUUUUUACUAUCACUAAGUCGAUUGUUCUGGGGGAGUUGGCUUUUUCGCCAAGCAUGAGAAGACUGACCUUAAUCAUGUUGGGUCAAUUGUGGAACUACUAUAAUGAGACUAGUGUACCAAAGAAUGCAGGUAUUUUUAGAAGACUCAAGCCAUCUGUUCUCUUGCAAGAUACACAACUUCUUAUCACUUUGGAGCAAGAGAGUUUCAGCAUCUCCAAAUUUCUCUUCGUGUUUUUUACCGAUUUGUAUGAACAGGAUAGAGAAAAUGCUUUUGAAGUUUUAAAUUAUAUCAAUCUUGAAGGAUCUGAUUUCUUGUGCGAAGCAGUUGCUGAAAAACUCAUCCUGAGCAUUAAGGGAAAUGAGAUCAAAGCUCACAGAGAGACUAUGAUCAAAUUUUUCACCAAAAUGGUGAAAACCAGAAAAGAAGCUCUCUCCAAGAUUUUGGCACAGCAUAAGAAAGCCAUCUCUGACUUGGAGUUGCAGCUUUUGUGCACCCUUGAUGAUUCUUCUGAGGACGUAGAGGUCGAGUUGAUCGAUGACGUCGAGAAAGAUCUUGCUCAACAUCUGGACAAAACGAAAUUGUUUGCCAAACACAAAUCUACGAAAACCAAUUUCUUCAAUGCCCAAAGCUCAGACGAGUUCCUUACCCUCGUGCAAAUUCUUACGAAAGCCAUUCAAGGUAUUCCUGCUGCUCUGCAAUUUUCCACACUCAAUGACUUUCUUGUUGCUGUAUUCAAAGACGUCAACUGUUCUGUGUCUUUUGCGUUGAGAAUGGCAUUUACUCCUUCCAUUCCAAAGUCACUAAGAUUAAUGGCCAUGAAGGCUGUCAACAAAAAGCUCGGUGACUUCAAUGAUCCAAAGCGUAAGACAGUCUUAUACCUUUUGACUCCAAUCUUGCUUCUUGGCUUGAGUUUAAACAAUAAAUCGUUGAGAGCUUACUUCAAAGAAGCAUUGAGCAUCGUGCACGAAAACAUAUUGAAGAUAUCGGCUUCUUCCACCAAAGCCGCAGAGCUUACAUUAUUCAUGGAAAAUCAAAUUUACGCGAAUGUCGAGUCUUCCAAACGAUCCCUCAUCUCGCCACAAGAUGCAAAGAGCAUGCUUGAUGCUAUCUUCAAGAAUACUGAUAUUCUCAAUGAUACUAUAAUUGAUUCCUCGCGGGUCAAUGUCUUGAUUUUUGACAAGCUUUUUAAAAUGACGAUGCCCAAGCAAAAGAAGUUUGGAUCUCUUCUACUUAGAACCUUCUUCAUUGGCCAAUGGACAAUUCCAGACUUGCUCUUCACAAUUAAAGAAAGAGCCUGGUUCAUUGUCUCAAAGCAGAAUACCAGUACCGGUGGCUCUGAUGACGCUCUUGCAUUUGUCAACGAUAUCAGAGGAUUUAUUCCAAACAUAUCCGCUUACAGAAAAGAAGCUGUUGAGGCUGGUAUCCCAUUCGAAGACGUGGUGUCCAACAUUUGCGAUAUGGUUGGUAGCCAGGUUUCAAAUGAUAAAAUAGCCUCAAAGGAGAUCGAUUGGAUUUUGAAAGCUUUGGCCUCAGAAGAUGAGCUUCAAAUUGCUGCAAGCAAGAGAUUGGUGCACCUCUUCCCUCAAUUCAAGUCUACUGACCUUAAAUUAAAAAUUUGCACCGAACUUAUCGAUGCCAUCACCUCUGAAAAUGAUACAGUUCUUGCAUUUGAUCCACUUGAGUUGUUGCAGAGUCUAGAUGUUUCCCAUCUGUUCAUGGUCAGCCUCUUGGGAACUGUGAACAUUGUCACACAGAUUCCUGAGCAAGGCCUUGCGAAAAGAAGAAGAAGAUCCUCCUCGAGCACGCAGAAGAACAUGGCAAGAGACGAUAUCACUUCAAUGGCAGCAAAUCAUUUGAAGAAACUAUCAGUCAUACUCGAUGUAUUAGAGGCUCAAUUGAGAAAGCAUGCCGACAAGCUUGCAUAUCCUGACUUGCUUCAGGCCAUGUUUAGAAUUCUAACUGAUUUAGACUAUCUCUGCAGUGAUGGCAAGAUGCCAGUCUUAUAUGCGCAAGAGACUUUGGCAUCUUGUAUGCUUUUGACAAUAGUUGGAAUGAAGAAUGCUUCAUCUCAGCAAAAAUUCGAGUUAGAUUCCAACUCUGUGAGAGCUGACUUGAUUGUUAACUCUAUCAGGCUUUCACAAUCCCCACAAGUUCAAAGUCGCUUGUUGCUUGUAAUUGCAGAGUUGGCUUCCUUAGCUCCAGAGAUUAUUCUUCACUCCGUGAUGCCGAUUUUCACUUUCAUGGGUGCUCACACCAUCAGACAAGAUGAUGAGUUUUCUAGCAAUGCUUUACAACAGACAAUUGCGAAGGUUGUUCCUGCUAUUACUGCUGCCUCUGAGUCAACCAGUACUGAGAUUGAAUUUUUGCUCACAAGCUUUGUCACUGCUUUCCAGCACAUUCCAAGACACAGAAGACUCAAGUUGUUUGUGUCGUUGACGAGAACUUUGGGUGCGGAGAACUCAUUGCACUCGAUUCUCUUCUUGAUUGCUCAACAGUACUCCACUAACUUGGUCAAAAAUAAGACUCACGAGUCUGCUAGCUUGUUGGAGUUUCCAAGUUCUCUUUUGAAGACCUUUAGCUCGGAGGAAUGUCUCAACAGCUUUGAAGGCUUUUUACAGCUCUGGGACGCAAUUCCAGACGAGACUCUUGAUUCUGAAAGUGAUACGUACGCCGAAUUGAGUUCAAGAUCAAUUUACGGAACUGCAGUCGUUGCUUUGCAAACUAAGGAUUUGCAAAAAUUAAAGGCCAACAUGCUUAAAUUCUUGAACGAGGUGCUUGCUUAUGACGAAGAGUCCACGUUUUCCAGUAAGCUUUUAUCCUUGAAGAUGAAGGUUUCGCUUGUUGUAUUCGAUAGCAAGAGUUCUGAGCGUCAGAAAACCGCUGUUUUGAAUUUGUUCAACAGAUUGACAUCCUUCAUCUUGAUCAAAUUGGAAACAUACUCCAACAUCGGAAACUCUCGCAGUGUCGACUCGAUUGAAGAAUUAUACCUGUUGUUGAAAAAGAUGCUCAAUUUGCUUCCAUUAAGCCAUUACAUCUCGUUCAUUGUUGGAUCUUUGAAUAAAAUAACUGAUCCAAUGUCGUUGAAAGUUGCUAAAAACUUUGCUAUUUUGGCAGGAACUAGAUUUGAGACGGAAAUCACUGCAAAUUCAUACGAUGACGAAGUCUCUGCAGUUGUGUCCAAUGACUUAUUGCCAGCUUUGAUCAGUGGUGUCAAAGAUAACAAAAACGGUGAAUUACUCCAAGCUUACUUAGACACUUUUGCUAUUAUAGUGUCGAAGUUCUCAGUCCAGGAGAUGAACUCUCCUGUGAAUGCAAAACUUCUCAUGGAGUCUUUGAAGGUGGUCACUUCAGAGCAGGGCCUUUUAAGUGAGAAAGUCGAGGUAAACAUUUCCUCUCUCAAUGUCAUAACAAAUAUUGUGAAGUGUCUCGGAGUCAAGUGUAUUGGAUAUUUCCCAAAGAUUCUUCCACCUGCUUUGAAACUAUGGGAGUCAACUGUUGACAAUGUGACAGAUGCAGACGAAGUUGACACCGAGGCAGAUACUGAUGCUAAGAUGUUAUUGCAAGGAUCAAUUUUGAUGUUGUUCUCUUGUUUGGUCAAGAAAAUGCCCGCGUUCGUGACGUCCAAUUUGAAAGCUAUUUUCCGUGCUAUCUUUUUGAGUGAUUACGUCGAUAACUCUAUUCGUUCCAGUGUUCUGGCACUUGUUGUCGAGCACAUAGACAAGACGCAUGUUUUACAGGCUCUCUGUAACUUGGCUCUCAACGAUGAAAUGUACGCGGUCACUAACCCCGCUAAUUUGGGUCUCUACUUGAACGCAAUCACCAACGCGAUUGACAGUGCUGAUAAGAAGGUGGCUACAAGCCAAUCUUCUUUGGUUAUGAAAUGGUUGGUGAAGUCGUUCGAAUUCAGAGUUGAGUACGGCGAGGCUCACUUCAGUGAAAACACUAUUUCUAGUAUCGAAGCCUCCUUCCACCAAUGUGCUCUCAAAUAUGUGAUGAAGUUAAACGACAAGAACUUCCGUCCUUUGUUUGCUGGUUUGGUGCGUUGGGCCUUCAAUGGAGAAGGUUCUGGUGCUGCGAAACACAAAGAAAUCGAAAGAUUGGUGGCCUUCUUCAAAAUUUUCAACAAGUUGCAAGAUAGCUUGAAGAGUAUUAUCACAUCAUAUUAUUCCUACCUUCUUGAUCCAGCCAUUAAUCUCUUGAAGGAGUUUGAGAGCGGCCAAAAGAAUCAAACAAAUCUUCGCAGACUCUUGUUGCACUCAUUGUCCUCAUCAUUCAAGUACGACCAAGAUGAUUACUGGUCGCACCAGUCUAGAUUUGACAGCAUUUUGGAGCCUCUCAUGGGUCAAUUGUCGAAUAUUGAGAACCCCUUGGGCAAGCAUUUGGUUAAGGCUAUUGCAUUCUUCGUCUCCAACGUUUCUUCUGAUGAGUAUAACGAGAAGUUGGUGCGUGGUUUAAUCAGAUACAUAUCCAACGAAUAUGAUAAUAGCCUGAGCACGAAGAUCUGGACUAUUCGUGUUUUGAAAUCGGUGUUCCAAAAGGUGGGCGAGCAAUGGCUUUCGUACUUGCCCACAUUUAUACCAUACAUUGCCGAGCUUUUGGAGGAUGAUGACGAGGAGGUUGAGAUGGAGGUUAGAAAAGACUUGGUCCGUGUCAUAGAAAACAUUUUGGGUGAGCCUCUUGACAGAUAUCUUAGUUAG